AUGCGUGCCUUGAUCUUGAUAACUCUGCUUGCCGUCGUGGCCGUCGCAGCCGCUCAGGGACCUCGUGGCCCCAGACGUGAUGAUGGCGGUCGUCCAGGUGGUCCGCCCGGCGGUCGUCCUGGUGGUCCGCCCGGCGGUCGUCCCGGCGGCCCGCCCGGCGGUCGUCCUGGUGGUCCUGGUGGUCCGCCCGGCGGUGGUCCUGGCGGCCCGCCCGGCGGCUGGGGACCAUCCAACUCGACAUCCACAACCAGCACAACGGCAGCCCCGAGCGACGACAGCAGCAGCACGGAAACUACUACCGAGAUCUCCACGGAGGAUUCCACGGCUGCUGCUUAG